CUGCCUUUCCUGGCACUCACUUCGUACGCAGUCGUCAAGCGACCAAGUCCUCCUUUGUUCUAUAUAAUAAUAAAACUCCCUCUCUUCUUCACCAUAACUCACAAUUCACGGGCACCAAACUCUACAGAGAAAACUCAACCUAGCUAGGGCGAGGGAAUGGCUGAUAUGAGUAGUGCUGGCGGCGGCCACUUUUCCGACUUUCCAGCGCUUCCGACUCACGGCGGCCUGUUCAUUCAGUACAAUAUUUUCGGCAAUCUGUUCGAGAUCACGUCCAAGUAUCGGCCUCCGAUCAUGCCGAUUGGCCGCGGCGCUUACGGAAUUGUGUGCUCGGUGUUGAAUUCGGAGACGAACGAGAUGGUUGCGAUCAAGAAGAUUGCUAACGCUUUUGAUAACUACCUGGACGCCAAGCGCACGCUUCGGGAGAUUAAGCUGCUUCGCCAUUUGGAUCACGAAAACGUUAUAGGAUUAAAGGAUGUGGUUCCCCCACCGUUGCGGAGAGAAUUUUCUGAUGUGUAUAUUGCCACGGAGCUCAUGGACACCGAUCUUCACCAAAUAAUCCGAUCCAAUCAAGGUCUUUCAGAGGAGCAUUGUCAGUACUUCUUGUAUCAGAUCCUUCGAGGACUGAAAUAUAUACAUUCUGCAAAUGUUAUUCAUAGAGAUUUGAAACCCAGCAAUCUCUUGGUGAAUGCGAAUUGUGACCUGAAAAUAUGUGAUUUUGGACUUGCUCGGCCUACUUCAGAAAGUGAGUUCAUGACUGAAUAUGUCGUCACCAGAUGGUACAGGGCACCUGAGCUGUUGUUGAACUCUUCGGAUUACACUGCUGCUAUUGACAUAUGGUCUGUGGGCUGCAUCUAUAUGGAGCUCAUGAACAGGAAGCCUUUGUUUCCUGGUAAAGAUCAUGUGCAUCAGAUGCGCUUAUUGACAGAGCUUCUUGGCACGCCCACUGAAUCAGAUCUUAUGCCUGUUCGGAAUGAGGAUGCAAAGCGGUAUAUCCGUCAACUUACGAGACUUCCUCGCCAGCAGUUGGGAAAGGUUUUCCCACAUGUCCAUCCACUAGCUAUUGAUCUCAUUGAAAAAAUGUUGACAUUUGAUCCCACGAAAAGAAUCACAGUUGAAGAAGCAUUGGAGCAUCCUUACCUUGAGAGAUUACAUGACAUAGCUGAUGAACCAGUUUGUACAUAUCCAUUCUCCUUUGAUUUUGAACAAGCCUUGGAAGAAGAGCAGAUGAAAGAUAUGAUCUAUGAGGAGGCCCUAGCACUCAAUCCGGGGUAUGCUUGAUACAUCAUCAUAAAGCAAGCCUUGAAGUGGAAGUUCUUGAAAGGGGUAGAACACUUCGAACUGAAAUAUUACAAUCAAUGGUGCACAGCACCUGUUCAACCAUUAAACACGUAGUUUAGCGAAGAAAUAGUGGAGAUUGUUGUCUCUGACCCUCACUCCGCUCUGGCAUUACCUAUUUGGUGUCGCUGCUGCUUGAAUGCCUUAUUACCACAAUUAGUUGUACUAAGCCUCUCAUAUUAUAUCUAUAAGGUUAGUGCCUCAAAAGGUUCUGCUGGCCCCUCGGAAUUCUUAUUAUUUUGGAAAAGAUUCUUCUCUUGAUUAUCUGUAUGUUAAUUUUGUAUUUUUUUUUUCAUAUGUUGGAAGUGAUUUUUUUUCCCUCUGGACGUAUUGCAAUUUUAUUGUACAGCAGCUUGGUUGAUUGUAAUAAUAAAGAUAUAUAAUAAGACCUAUUCAUAUUCCUCAAAA